GGGGUGGGGUGGGAGGCAGGGAAACUUCUGGAAAAACCCUUGCCUUGAUGUAAACUAAGAAAUAAUCGGUUCAAGGUUCAGCACAAAAGGAUCUUUGCGGUGCUUUCGCCCACACAGGAAAGGAUGCCUCUGGAGGUGGUGGUGGAGCUACAUAUCCGGGCGAUUUCUUGCCCGGGAGUGUUCCUGCCGGACAAGGAAAGUGUGUACCUUGGAGUCUACCUCCUGAAUCAGUACCUGGAGACAGACUGCUUUCGCUCUAUGUUCCCUAUUGAGAUUCAACAGAGCAUGAGAUUUGAAAAGAAAUUUGAAAAUGCAAUCGAUCCCGGAGCUGUUGCAGAAAUUUUAGAAAGUUUCCUAACCAGGUUUGAAUUGAUACAGCUAGUGUCUCCAGUAUGGGAAGAGCUGGCCUACUAUGAAGAAAACACACGCAAUUUUCUAUUCCCUGAGCCCAAGCUGACAUCUUUACACCUUGGCUUGGAUAGAGAGGUGCUCAUGAAGACAGCAAUAGGCUUUCCAGGUAUUGCUCCCAAACUAGAGUUUUCUACAAGGACAGCCAUCCGAGAAUGCAUGUGCCCGCUUAGCAACAGAUUUUUUGAAGACAACUGUAAAUCACAAAGGCUUUUAUUUAAAUCACAAAGAGCUCCCACAAAUUACAGAAAGAUGAAGCCAAAGGAGAAAAGUCCCGACCGACUUCCCAAAGGCAACUCGUCCCGGGUACCCACCCCAUCAUCUCCCAGACGUCUCCUCCCGCACCAGCCGACGCCAGUGAACUUUGGCAAAAGCUUCGGGCUCCCUGGAGAAAGAAAGCCUCCGUUUGUGGUUAGACAUGUGGACAGUGAAAACCCCUUUGGUGAAAGCAAUUUGGAUCAUCUUUUACAGAAGUCCAGAAGAAAAUCUAAGUUCUUUGACUUUGAUAUUCCAGUGAGAAGAGCAUCUUCUCUUGAAAGCCUUGCAACAAACAUCAAGGUUACCAGAGAGCCAGAUGAACGUAUUCUUUUAAGGAAUCAGCCACCAUCACCUUUAGAUUCAAGGAUGUCCGAAAAACCCAUUCCCAGUCACCAAGGGGAUGCCGAUUUCCACCUGGAAACUCCAUUUUCCAACACCCCCCGGCAUUCCAGAUCUCCCAGCCCUCUGGAUAAGCCUCCUCUUCAAGAAAGGUCAGAAGCUAGUACCCAUCCUCUUGCCUGGUUCCAGCCUCAUUCUCAGUCUACGUGGGAGAAGAUCCAUGAGAGUGUAUGCAGCCUCCUGACAUCCCACAGAGCCCACCCAAAGGAAGAUUUUAUCCCUGAGACAAAUUAUAUCUGUUCAAGACCAAGCUGCCCAAUGAAGACAUUCCCACAGCAUGGACAGAGAUAUUUUUAACUACUAUCUCAUAUAUGAUCUUCAAAUUUCACAGGGAACAUUCAUGAAAACUGAAGAAGGAUGAAGGGCUCAGUCAUCAAGACACUGACACAUCCCUGGAGAAACGAACAGCAUUCUUUGUUGUCCGGGUUGAGUUACUUGUGCCUAGCCCCCCCCCCCAUUAAAUCAAACCUUAUACUCAGUCUUUUGUGCCCAAGGUAAGAAUUGUUGAUUAAAUUCAGUUUGGGGCUCUCAUUCA